AUGAACGAGGGACCAGGUGACGUUAUAUACUGGAUGUCGCGAGAUCAGCGUUGCGAAGACAAUUGGGCGCUGCUUUAUGCUCAGAAGCUCGCAAUUCAAAGGUCAGUUGGUUUUCAUGUGGUCUUUUGUUUGGUGCCAAAGUUUUUGGAUGCAACGAUUCGACAGUUUGACUUCCUGCUCAAGGGAUUGAAAGAAGUAGCUGAAGCCCUUCGCUCCAAAAAUAUUCCAUUUCACCUCAAGCUGGGCAAGGAGCCUUUGGUCCCAGACAUACAUGCUUUUGUAAAAAGACACUGA